AUGGACCAACCCCUCCAGCCCCAGCAGGGGGAAUUGAACUGGCGUCUCAGCGCCCAUCCGAUCACACUCCUUUGCUUUCUGGGAUUCCGCUCCAGUGCUCUCCUGAUGUAUCUGUUCGGAGUUCUAUUUAUCAAGAAUUUCGUCCUUGUCUUCAUCUUGACCCUCCUCCUCCUCUCCGCGGACUUUUACUAUCUUAAGAACAUCGCCGGCCGUCGCCUAGUUGGUCUGCGCUGGUGGAACGAAGUCAACACUUCAACCGGCGAUUCGCACUGGGUAUUUGAGUCGUCCGACCCCACCACUCGUACCAUCACGGCUACAGAUAAGAGAUUCUUCUGGCUCGGUCUAUACAUAACGCCUGCGCUGUGGAUCGGGCUGGCUGUGUUGGCUAUUGUCACAUUGAGCAAAAUCAUUUGGUUAAGUUUGGUUGCUAUUGCCUUGAUCUUGACCAUUACCAACACGGUUGCUUUCUCUCGAUGCGAUCGCUUCGGCCAAGCGUCUACGUUUGCUAACCGGGCGUUUGGGGGAAGCAUCGUGAGCAAUAUUACGGGAGGUCUGCUGGGCAGACUCUUUAAGUAA